AUGGCGAGAUUACAAGGAGCAAAUGAAACAAAAACAAUUGAAAACCUCGAAAAAGAAAGCGGAGAUACGUUUAGCAAAACAGAGGGGCUUGUUGUUCAACAGUUGUCCGCGGAAGUUGCAGGAAAAGCUCAAAAAUACCUUCGUGUUGGCGCUCGUGGGUUUGUUCCAUUCGACAAGUUCGAGGAAGUGACUAUCAAGAACAUUAAGAAAGCUUGUGAAAAACAUUUCGCUCACAAAGUGGGUAAGAAUGUAUGCUACGAUGUGCUGACUGGGGAGCAGGGUCCCUCUUGUAAAAGUGUUAACCACGUACCAAACAGCAAGUUGGUUCAUGUUCGCUUUAUCCCUCGUUCAAGCAUCGAUGUUGUCGACGACGACGUCGAAACAGAUUUAGGGAACACUAGCAGCUUGCCACCUGCUCAAUUAGCUGUACGGAAAAGGAAAGUGGAAUCAGCUAGUACAUCAAGCAGCAUUCCGGAAUAUAAACGACCAGCAACUUCAAAUGCAAGUCCUAGUAAAUGUUACCCAAAAAGCUUGUCUGUGUUUGACAUGAUGAAACUUGGGAAGAUAGUUGACUCACGAAAGACAACGGUGGUCCAUAUGUACACAUUUGAUAUAGAUCUGAUGACUUGGUCCAUGGUAAAUCUGAUGACUUGUAGAACAAACUUUAGACAAUUUUCUGUAAGACACAGGGGCACAACAGCAACUUGACCGUACAUAUUUAAUUCUUGGGUUUCAUAUGACGUCACAAAAGUGACGGGGGGGGGGUCAACUCUAGAACAAAACAGAGUUAUCAGAGUGCGUCAAUUGUUCGUUUUAUGUAUUAGCAUUGUGUUUUGUGGCAAAUACAUGGAAAUUCAUAUCAUUUCCUCACUCCAGUACAGCAUAAACAUCAAUACAUUUGAGGUUGACCCCCCCCCCUGCAUAAUGCCGUAGUGAAACCCAAGGAUAGGGUGUCUGUGUUCUCUUGCCCAACAAAAGGGUGUGGUCUCCUCUCAAGCUCAGGCAUGUCACAAACCACUAAUUGUGUCAUUCCAGAAAACAUCCAUACCUCCCCCAUGGAGGAAAUUGGAAGUUAACCCCCUACCCCAUUCGGAUGUCCUAAUACAUUUACUAUUAUCACAAACAAUUUUAUCUCCCCUCCCUCUCCGGAUGGCAGAAAUUUCUUCCGUGGGGGAAGUGUGGAUCUUUUCCGGAAUGAUCAUUAAUAUUUAAUUUCCUAAAAUUGGGUGGGGGGUGGGGGACAUUGACAUACAAUUUUUUCCAGACAUGUCAACAUACCAAAAAUUUUUUUGGUCAUACGAACAUACAAAAUUUUUUCAACAUACCAUUACUCAUUUAAUUAAUUUUCCUUAAUAUUUUCAUAAAUUUCCCCAGAUUUGACCAGAAUUAACACUUUUUAAUCAUUACCACUCAUAUUUUUAUUUUUUACCUCAGAAGAGUAAAACUGCUUUGCUUGACAUACAGCCAAACACUAGGCAAAAUUUGCCUUGGAACUAUCAUACCAUUUCUAAUCUGGUGGGGGGGGGGGGUGUCAUGCACCCCCAACAGUUGCACCCCUUGUAAGAUACCAAGGCCCUUACCUUGAGGUACUUAACCUGAGGCACCCGAUUCAAUUAUAAACCUAUGGCCAUAAUUGUGAUUUAAAUUAGUUUGUGUGUGUGUGUGUGUGUUUUCGUUCUUUCUUUUGUAAACAAUUUUGUAAAGUGGCAAAAAUAAAUUCGAUUCAAUUCAAUUCAAGGUUCCACAAACUGUAGAGUUUUUGGUUGAAGCAAACCCUUUGGGUCAAGGGGGAUUCAUUAAGUGCUUACAAAGCUACCACUCACAAUGCAGAUUUCAAGAGAUGUUCUUGGGUCAUUAAGAAGUAUCUGCCUGAUGCUGUUGACACUAACCAAGCAACAAACCACUCUCUGGAAGACCACAACAAGGUGGUUGUUCAAAUGCAUAUGAUUACACGCAACUUUGCUCUUCAACUUAAGCAAGAAAUAUUGAAAGAUGCAGGGAAGGCUGAACAGUAUAGUCCACUUCUAAAGUACCGAAAGAUUUUUCUGGGCAAGACGGACGAAGGUGAAACUUUAACUGUUGAAGAAUUUGUGUCAGGUGAAUUUGUAAAAUAUAUCAACAACAAUGAUAUUCCUUGUGUCAGUGGCAAUGUCAUUGGGCAGAAAGCGUAG